GAGCCUCUGGGUGAAAAUACAGGGAGAACAGGGAAGGAGGAGCAGGUGAAAUCAUGCCUGGGGCUGGCCACUCCUCAGAGUCUCCUUGUCUCUCCAUGGCAAGUUCCAGGCACGCCGUGCUCGGAGGAAUAAGCCCGGAGGCCUUAAUCGUUUCCCACACUUUCGUGGGGGCACUGGUGGCCCUGCUGAUGUUCUGCUUCCUGGAGAUCAUGGGCUGGACCCCGGGAGCGACACCACGGAAGUGCCGAUGUGGAGGCAAGAAGGGGAAAGGCCGAGGUGUGCAGCCCCGGGGCAAGGGCCAGCGCCCUGCGAAGACCCCACCUGUCCCCACGUGCCCACUGCCCCAACCGGGGAUGGCCUCUCCCCUCACUCUGUCCCCUGGGUCUUCAGACUCUGUCCUCCUGGAGCCUUCACAGCCCUUGAGGAUGAACUGGCCCAUGCACCCAGACGUGGAUGGUUGGAGUGAAGCAGUCGAGCAAUUAAACAGGACUCUCAAGGACUUUGAAAGACACCUGGAAUCGUCCAACUGUGAGACCGUUGAAGGCAGAGACAGCUCUCUAACUUCCACCAUGGGCCUCACCCAUGAAUCCACACUGGAGCAAGAACUGGACCUGACGGUGACUGUAAAAACUCUACAAGAUGUUCCAGCCUCAGCUCCUCCUAGACCCCACCAACCAGAAAACCGUGGUGUGGUGGUUCCGAUCGUGUUGGAUCCGCCCUUCCUGGAUGAGGCUGCGAAAAGGGACCUAGAGGCUCUCAUUUCAAAAAUGAAAAUCCAGAGGCGCUAUGGGCUGCAAAGGUGGAUCCUGGAUUGUGAGCCGUGCUUUGAAUUUAUCGAGCGGAAAUUGAAAGACUCUGGGACUUUCCCUCCAGAGGAACACCUGGGCUGCCCUAGCAGAUCAAAGGCAGAUGAACAGAGUCCUCCUCUGACCAACAGUGUGCACCAGCAAAAUGGAGAGAUCCAGCUGCCUCCUCCUGCUCCACGUUGAAAUAAAAGUGCUGGUUUUGUUCUAUUCAAAGACAUUAUAAUAGAAUCCAGAUUAAGUCUAAAUUUAAAUGAAAUUCUCCCAGGGAUCUUGGAGAUAAAUUAGCAACAUUGCAAGGUGAUAAGUUUCUGAAACACAGGAACUAGCCAGAACUUGUUACGUUCCUGACUGAUAACACAAAGUUCAGCUGAUCUUUCAUGGAAAAAAUAUAGUAAAUUUCCCUUCUGGGGGUUGUAUUUACGCAGCCUUUUCAGGUUGCAUUAACGCCCACUGUAACAUAUUUAACUUCCAUUCAUGAGUCACUCUGACACUAUACUGCUUUUCAGCUACGCAAACAAUACAAAAACUGAGUCCCUAGUCACAAAUAAGGAAGGAAUUUUGAACAUUAGCGUUUUUAUCAAUGAAAUGUAUUGACACAUAACUACAUUGAUGUCAGCAAUUUCCAUUGAGCUGAAAAGGACUAAGAGCAGGCUAAUAUCUAAUGAUGGUUUCACUCAUGUGCUGCAUGAUCUCUGAAGACCAAGUCCUAAGAGACAUUGAACACAAGUGAUUCUACCAAUUAGUGCCAACUACAGAUCUGCAGCAUCUUUAAUAAUUGACCAAGAUACAACUUCCAUCAUAAAAUGUGCAUACUAAUAUAUUAAAACACAUUUUAAAGGUGAGCAUAGUGUAUAUAGUGUAUGGGAAUGCAAUAUAUACCUUAUUAAAAAUGUUUCACCAUGAUUUAAAGUUAGAAAUAAAAGUCAUGUAGUGCUCAUUUAUGUUACU